UGUGUUUGGGCAGGGCUGCAGUGAAGCGCAGCUGAUGUGUGUGUGUGUGUGUGUGUGAUUCUCUGCCAGACGCGCGCUUGUAUUUUGGAUCUUGUGUUUUCAGUGGAUAUCGGUGAGAUAUUUCGAGCUUAUGAUUUCAUGACGGAAACGCGUUUAUCUUUUAUUCAUUUGAGGAGACCGCAGAGAUUUGCGACGUGACUGACAUUAUGCGCUCGGAAACCGGGGGAUGCUGAUGCUGACAUUCCCAUCUUCCACCGUCCUUCUGGUUUAACGGGCAUUACUGCGCUCAUUCGUUAGUGAUCCACUCAUCUCAGACGGGAGUCGAUAUGUCCAUGAAGGCAAAGACCGGCGAGGCGGUGAAGGUGGUGGUUCGGUGUCGCCCGAUCAACCGCAAAGAGGAAUCGACGGGCUACGAGAAUAUCGUGCAGAUGGAUGUGAAACUGGGCCAGGUGGCCCUGCGGAACCACAAGGCGGGUCCGGGAGAGCUCCUCAAGACCUUCACGUUCGAUGCGGUUUACGACGCGUGCUCCAAACAGAGCGACCUGUACGACGAGACGGUCCGGCCGCUCAUCGACUCGGUUCUGCGCGGGUUUAACGGCACCAUCUUCGCGUACGGACAGACGGGAACCGGGAAAACGUACACCAUGCAAGGCCAGUGGCAGGACCCCGAGCGCCGCGGCAUCAUCCCGAACUCGUUCGAGCACAUCUUCACGCACAUCUCGCGCUCUCAGAACCAGCAGUACCUGGUCCGGGCCUCGUAUUUGGAGAUCUACCAGGAGGAGAUCCGUGACCUGCUCACCAAAGACCACAGCAAGAAGCUGGAGCUUAAGGAGAGCGCAGACUCAGGGGUUUACAUCAAAGAUCUGUCCUCCUUCGUCACCAAGAACGUGAAGGAGAUCGAGCACGUGAUGAACGUGGGGAACCAGACCAGAUCGGUGGGCUUCACCAACAUGAACGAGCACAGCUCGAGGUCACACGCCAUCUUCAUCAUCACGGUGGAGUGCAGCCAGCUCGGGCCUGACGGACAGAACCACAUCCGCGUGGGAAAACUCAACCUGGUGGACCUGGCGGGCAGCGAGCGGCAGACCAAGACGGGCGUGCAGGGCGAGCGUCUGAAGGAGGCCACCAAGAUCAACCUGUCCCUCUCCGCCCUGGGGAACGUCAUCUCUGCGCUGGUGGACGGGAGGAGCUCUCACGUGCCCUACCGCGACUCCAAACUCACCCGCUUGCUGCAGGACUCGCUCGGGGGGAACGCCAAGACCAUCAUGGUGGCCACGCUGGGACCGGCCUCCUACAAUUACGAGGAGACCCUGACCACCCUGCGUUACGCCAACCGAGCCAAGAACAUCAAGAACAAGCCUCGUGUCAACGAAGACCCCAAAGACGCGCUCCUGAGGGAGUUCCAGGAGGAGAUCGCCCGGCUCAAAGCACAGCUGGAUAAACGCGGUAUGCUCACCAAGAGGAAGAGGAGGAGCAGGAGGCUGAGGAAGAUUGGAGAAGGCGGAGAGGAAGAGGUAGAAGAGGACGAUGAUGUUGAAGAUGAUGAUGAUGAGGAUGAGGAAAGUGUGGAGAAGGAGGCGCAGGACUACAUGAAGGAGCAGCAGGAGAAGCUGGAGAGGGAGAAGGAGGCCAUCAGAGAUGAUCACACGCUGGUGGCGGAGGACAAACUGAGACUCCUGGAGGAGAAAGAGAAGAUGAUGAAACAUCUGAAGAAGGAGCAGGAGGCCACUGAACUCCUCACAGCCAAGUUUAAGGCAAUGGAGAGCAAGCUGCUGGUAGGUGGGAAGAACAUUAUUGAUCACACUAAUGAGCAACAGAAGAUGAUUGAACAGAAAAGACACGAGAUCGCCGAACAGACACGCAGAGAGAGGGAAAUACACCAGCAGGUGUUGGAUCAGGAUGAGGAGACGUUAGAACUCAGAGAAACCUUCUCCUCACUGCAACAGGAGGUGGAAGCAAAGACCAAGAAACUCAAAAAGUACAAGAAGCUGUAUGCGAAGCUUCAGUCUCUGAAGGCUGAUAUUCAGGAUGUGAACGAUGAGCACGUGAGGAGUCGACAGGAGCUGGAGCAAACACAGAACGAACUGACCCGAGAGCUCAAAUUCAAAUAUCUGAUCAUAGAGAACUUCAUACCUCCUGAAGAGAAGAAUAAAAUAAUGAACAGGCUUCAGUUUGACACGGAGGAAGACCAGUGGAAGUUUCAGCCUCUCGUCCCGGCAGAGAAUAAAUUCACACAGAUGAACAAAAGACCCGUCUCUGCUGUGGGAUACAAGCGACCAAUCAGCCAGUACGCCAGGGUUGCCAUAGCGAUGGGAGCUCAUUCCAGAUACAGGGCGGAGAAUAUAAUGGUUCUGGAACUGGACAUGACUCCUCCUGUCGUGUUUCAGCUGGACCUCCCGAGGUCUCCAUCUCGAGAUGUUCUGUUGGACAACACCAGUUACAGAGAGAAAUCAGAGUCUGGACGGGUCAGAAAAUCUCAGUCAUGGUGCCAGUCUCCGCAUGUCAUUUCCUCCUCAAGCUCCACCCUCUCUCUGGCAUCCUCAGGGUCCCACAGCUUGCCACACCCACAAACCAUCACCAUGGCAACCUCCCAGGAAUGAGACUUGGAAUUACCAUAUUACCGCGCCCUGUAAGGCAUAAACAGUCAAUCAAUCCAACAUAGACUGAGGAAGAACCGUCCGUCACCAUUAACAAACACUGGGGCGCUCGAAGCUUCAACAAUCUGCAGUUUGAUAUAACCGUGAAUGUGGGACUCGACCCAUUCCAACCCAUCAGGACCAAUAAAACGAUUAAUAUUAGUAACAUUAUUCACAUUUCUUACUCUUUUGCUCUCUGCUCCUCAGGACAGUGAAGACACUUUGAUUACUACCAUCAACAGCACUGAAGCUUCGCCUCACCUGACACCGGAGGCUAGCUAAGGGAGUUACGUUCAUUCAUUCUGCUGCUUCCAAAACCGUGGGUCAACCUCAGUGUUUAUGUACUGACCAGAACGGGUCCGAUCCCGGAGUAGAACCACAACGAAGCCAAAACGGACGGUCGCUCGCUUCCUGCUGUAAAGAAAAGAGCUGAGCAAGAGGAAUGUCUCUCUUUCUAUCUGCAUGUCUUACUGUAUGUGUGUGUCUUUGUGAUUCUGAUCAGGGUUCUGGACGAGAGGCGGCUGACGGGCUGGAGGAAGGAUCUACAGGGUUCCCACGGGCUCAUGGAAAACACGGAAAUGUCAGGGAUUUUGGGCUGGAAAAGUCAUGGAAAUGAGAUUUAAUUUAUGCAUUUUUUAAAUAUAAAAUAUGAACAUAAUAUUAUAUAAAUAUAUAAACAUGAAACAGAAUUGUAAAGAAAAAUAUGUAGGAUAAAAAAACAGGUAUCAUAAUAUAUGGAGUGUGUGUGUGUGUGUGUAGCCUAUAGACCAUUUUGUAAGAUGUAAACAACA